AUGGACCGUCGCCGCUCCUGUGUUCUUUCCACGAAUUGCCGCAACGCCGAAACAAUGGACCGCCCGGAGCCGGAAAUAUAUAAAAAUAAUAUUCCGCGAGCCUAUCCGGAUAACCGCCUCCUCUUGUGGCGUUUCACUGGCACAAUGCUACCGUAUCCGGAAUCUAUUAAAAUCACGAUGAUGCGACCCCAUCAGCCGCACGCCCAGUGCAACCCCUGGAGCAGAAGCCAAGCGCUGCAUCGUCGAGCGCCCUGA